AUGCCGACGAUCGCGAAUUUUUCUUCCGAGUGGUUGCCGCGCAUUGUCCCAGUGCUCAGUGGCCCUGCAGCUUUGAGGGCUCUACGUUGCUGCCGGGGUCUGAAGAAAUUGUGGCCGCAAUGCCUGCAAGCAGGCGAGGGCUUCUGGAUCCUUGAGGAGCUGAAGAAGAUCUCAUUGGAGAAGCUCCUCGAAAGGGACGAGGAUCUUUGCAACUGCUUCCUUCGGGCUAGGAGAGACCUGGGGAGUUGCCACAUUACUUACUGGUUACCAUUCAGAACAGUUGAGGUUUACACAAGCAUGCCAACACCGGAGUCACGGAAAGAGACUUCUUGGCUGGACCGCCACAGGCCUACGCCUCAGCUCGUAGUGCGGAGCUUGUCAGAAAGCUUCGAGGCCAUGCGCGGCAACGAAAGCUUCGAGUUGACCAAGCGCAUACUUGCGUUUCCCCCGGCGAUGUCCCAACAGCUGCCAGAACUGUUUGCAGGUGGUUUGAAGGUAGUGGGGGAGGAAUCACCAGCUCUCGUGGCCAUGGGCGUUGCCGGCUGGGAGGUUUCCAACACCUGUGAGCCACGCCCGAGAAGCGACUGGUUGCACUUCGGCUUUCAGCGUCCGAAGCCAAAGGUUCCUCUGGCAGUCUUCCACUUGAGUGGCAAGUUCGAUCUGCCUGGAGGGGACGGUGGUUGCAAGGUCAGCCUGGGAUAUGUGAGCACGGAUUUAGACUAUGUGGUCGCACUGCGAGACUUUAGCGAAUACCCCAUCCGCAGGCAUGUGUCUUCCAAGGUCACCACUCGCUGGGAGGAGACAGAAGGCCUGCUACAGACUCGAGGCCUCCCUCUGCCAAGCCUCAGCCGCGAAGGCACGAAGAUGGAUGAGAUCCUGGCGAAGACAACAACCCCUGAAGGCUGGGAGGUUGAGCACACCACGAUGUACAUGAGCCACAUGAGGUGUGCCAUGGGCUCCCCAGACCUCGAUGCCAUCUACCAGGAUGCCAAGCGAUUGGCAGAAUCCAGACAUUCUCCCUAG